UUAACAUCAACUGCAAUGAUAUAGCAGCAUCUCCCACGGACAGCGGUGUUUUCUCUCUAAAGGGAUGUGGGAUUAAUAGGUUGAAAAUUCUCUUAAUCUGGGGAAAAAAAAAUGUGUCCCCACUCUCUCUAUCAUUUCUGUGCCCUCUUUCUCUGUGUACAAGUGCAUUCUGACCGUUAAGCUUGGGUGGAAAGUUGAAAGACAGCUAACCAGCUACACCCAGCCAGAGCUCCUGGGUGGAGGAGCAAAGUUCUAGGGCUGAGCGUUCCUUUCUCAGCGCCUGGCCAUGCAGGCGCUCGCGGAUACCUGCCCUGCCUGGCGCCGCGUCUGAAGAUUCGCCUCGGCGGCGGAACACGGUGGCUGAUGCUGAAGCCGAGCGUCACUUCGGCUCCCACGGCAGACAUGGCGACAUUGACAGUAGUCCAGCCGCUUACUCUGGACAGAGAUGUGGCAAGAGCAAUCGAGCUACUGGAAAAGCUACAAGAAUCAGGAGAAGUACCCGUGCACAAGCUACAGUCUCUUAAAAAGGUGCUUCAGAGUGAGUUUUGUACAGCAAUCCGAGAGGUGUAUCAAUACAUGCAUGAAACGAUUACUGUUAAUGGCUGCCCUGAAUUCCGUGCGAGGGCCACGGCAAAGGCAACAGUUGCAGCUUUUGCAGCCAGCGAAGGUCACUCCCACCCUCGGGUAGUCGAACUGCCAAAGACCGAUGAAGGCCUGGGUUUUAACGUGAUGGGAGGAAAGGAACAAAAUUCCCCAAUUUAUAUCUCCCGCAUCAUCCCUGGAGGGGUAGCCGAAAGACACGGAGGCCUCAAAAGAGGAGACCAGCUGCUGUCAGUGAAUGGAGUGAGUGUGGAAGGGGAGCAUCACGAGAAAGCCGUGGAACUUCUCAAGGCUGCGAAGGACAGCGUGAAGCUAGUGGUCAGAUACACCCCGAAGGUCCUGGAGGAGAUGGAGGCUCGUUUUGAAAAGCUUCGGACAGCUCGGCGUCGGCAGCAGCAGCAAUUGCUCAUUCAGCAGCAGCAACAGCAGCAGCAACAGCAGCCACAACAAAACCACAUGUCAUAGGCCCUGAAGAAAAGCUACCGGGUCAGUCAUCAGACAGUCACUAAUUUGGAAUUGUGCUCCAGAAUCCCAGCACAUAGAAAAAGGGAAAGGCGACACCAAUAACCGCACCCAUUACAAAGCUGUGAACACCUGGUGUAUCCAUUCUUUACCAAGGCAAUUCAACAUCUUCCUCCUCUGGGCACCAGCCCCCUGUUCAUUGCUUUUUACCUACUCAGACCUUCCAUUCACGGCAGUGGAAACUCUCGGUGUGUUGAGGGAAAGAACUUUCCAGUCUGCAGACUGAAGCGGUGUAAGAAUAAAGUCUGUGACUUUUGAAUAAA